AUGGAAAUGACCCUCGACCCCCUUCAUGCUGGGAGUAUCAAGCGCAUCCGACAGGCAUGUGCCAACUGCAGCACCCCGAAUCGCAGGCGCAAAAAAACCAAAUGUUCUGGCGAACGGCCUAUAUGCUUUCACUGCCGUCGAAAUCGUCUCGCGUGUAUCUACGAGCCGUAUGCUGCGACCAUAGGCGAUCCGAAUCCGAUGCCGCCUAUGGCACCGACUGGAGAUAACCCGGAUCUGAACAAUACAGACCUUAUGCAGCGGAUUAGUACAAUAGAGUCUCGUCUAGCUGAACUCAGUGGACGCGGACCGCUGCAGAGCAGCAGCUACUUCCAAAAUCCUACCUUGCCCAUGAAUCAAAAUUUGCCCUCGCCAGGAGAUAGCGACUUUCCCCUGUUUCCGUCAUUGUCACUUCCUCCUAUCGGCUAUUCAUCCUUUCCUCCAGUACCUGUUUUAAGCUCUGUCAUCGACACAUACUUCGAACAUGUUCACAACCAACCUUAUUCAUACUUUCAAGAAGCAUCGUUUCGGCAGAAAUUCCAAAGCAAUACGCUGCCUCGAUGUUUGAUCCUGGCCGUACUGUCUUCCGCAGUUCGUUUCUCAAAAAAUGACUACUUCACUGGAAAAACGCAAGAUGCGUCAGAGAAGUUUGCAAGAGAGUCUUGGUUGUCGGUGCUCACAGAGCAUCUGACAGUUGAGGAUAAUCUAAAUGUGUUUGUCGUACAAACUGUCAAUUUGCUGGCGGUAGUCGACUAUACGGCCGGUCGUGUGAGUUCAGGAUGGCUGAAAAUUGGACUUGCCGCCCGAAUAUCCCAGGACCUCCACUUGAUGGUAGAACCCGACGAUUGGAUACCAAUUGUGGAACAGGAAGAGCGACGACGAGCGUUUUGGUCAGCAUAUCUCAUCGACAAGUUGAUCUCUUGCGGCAGGUCACGACCGCUUGUCAUUUUGGACGAGGAUUGCAACGUUCAAUUACCGUGCGACGAACAAACUUUCAAAAAUGGAGACCGGAGGAAAACAAAUACAAUUGGCCAGCUUCUUAAUUGGAAUUUUGAGGUUACUGAAAGCCCAAGUCCGUUUGCGCUGGUCAUGUUAAUGGCAUCGAUCUUCGGCCGAUGUACAAGAUACGUGCAUCAAAAUCGCAGAGCAGAUGAGAUCCCACCCUGGGACCCGAAAUCCGAAUUUUCUGCCAUAAACUCCUCCUUGCUGUUGCUUGAGUCCUAUUCAAAGGCCGGAAAUCGAAGGAUAUCUGAAAUUCUGUAUAACGAGAGCCAAGCAAACACGACUAUUGAAAGACAAGAAGUCGGACACCUUGUAUUUGCUCAUACAAUGUUUCACCUUUGUCACUGCCUUCUGAACCACCCGUUCUUGGUGCGAUUGAGACUGAAAUCAUUUGGCUCUAAAGCACCGACUAGCUUCUCUGCACGCUCUUUGCAAGUCGGUUGUGAUCAUGCGAGACAACUCAUGGAUGUCCUGCGAGAUGCUUCCGAGAAUGGAUGUCGAAUUGAGUCUUCGUUCUAUGCUUAUUGCAUUGCCAUUGCCGGGGGUAUUAACUCUCUUGCGUCACAUUUUGAGCAUCAGAAUGCAGAACACCGACAGUCCGAUAUUUUGUACUACUUUAAUGAGAGCCUGGAUGCCCUCAAGCGACUAGCAAAGCUCUGGGUUCAUGCGGCGAACAUGGCUGUCCGACUCCAAGAGUUCCAUGACAUGUCUCAUCAGUUCGCCACUCUCCUAGAUCCGACAUGUUUGAUGGAAGAUUUUGAUCCUGCCUCUCAAGAGAUCCUUUGGUCGAUGAUAGACUAUGGUAUUCUAGGUGCAGAUCCACGAAAGAAGCCACUCACACCCAAAACUGGGAUCUCCAAUCUUCCUUCUCCAACACCGUGGGCUAUCGGCUUAGAUAUGCUCGGGAAUGCGCCUUCGCGAUUUGAAGGUGGCAACACCGCGGACCUUUUCAAUGGAAUGACUCCAACUUUGCGACUUAAUGAAGUCGAUGAGCCGUUGUAUGCCAUGGGCGGAACCAAGAUUUCACCUACUACUGCAGCUAUUUUGGCCCACGUUCUUGUAUACCCUCUUGAUAUGUAA